CAUAACCACCCGAUUCGCGCGCCAUUCUCUACUGAUCCUUGACCGCCGUAUUAAAGCCAACCUCCCAGCAAGCAAUAAGUUAGCAAGCACAUAACUGAAUCUAUACGAACCACCCUCAAAUCCUCCUUCCCGUUUCCUCACUUGCUUCCCUUUCUUUCCCAAGAAAGCCAAAGCCAUCAUCCCAUCUAUCCCACCACAAUGACCACCACCACCACCACAAACCCCACCAUUGUUCUCGUCCACGGCGCCUGGCACACCCCGGCCAACUACGCCCCUUUGAUCACCGAACUCGAAUCGCGGGGCUUCAACGUCCACUGCCCCCACCUGCCCAGCUGCACCAACACCUCCCCACCACCGUCCACCUACCAAGACGACGUGACCACCGUCCGCCACCGGGUCACCAGCCUCGUCAACAACGGCGAGCGCGUCCUCAUGAUCCUGCACUCCUACGGCGGCGCCAUCGGCACCGACGCAGUCCAGGGACUGGACUGGCCCUCCCGCGCCGCCACCGGCCUCCCAGGGGGCGUCAUCCACCUCCUCUACCUGUGCGCCUACAUCCAGCUGCCCGGCCGCACCGUGUGGGACGUGAUCACCGAGGCCCAGAUGACGGGCUUCUGGCCGCAAUUCGUGCAGGACCACGAGGACGGCUCCACCUUUCCCGUGGACCCCGUCCAGCUCUUCCUAGGGGAUUGCGAUGCCGAUCAGAUUGCGGCGGCGCUGCCGCAUCUCGUGCGCAGUCCGCUGAGCGCCUUCCAUACUCCCGGGGGCGGGGAUGCGUGGCGGCGACUGCCGGUGACAUACCUCACCACCACCAAGGAUUAUUCGGUGCCCCGCGUGUAUCAGGACAUUAUGCUGAAGCAUGUCGCGGAGCAAGGGGUGGAGGUGAGGGUGGUGGAGGUGGAUACCGCGCACAGUGUGUUUCUGUCCAGGCGCGACGACGUGAUGAGGUUGGUGGACGAAGCGGUGCGGGAUGAGCGGAAUCCCUGAAUUUGAGGGUGUUUGAUCGCAGUUUCCUUUUGCGUCAGGGGGCGGUUUAAGUGGCGUGUUCCUUUCUUCUGGAAAACAGAGUGGGGAUGGGGUGUUCUGAUCUUGGCUGGGAGAUACGGUGGGUGAGAGUCAGGAACUGAGGAUUUAUAGAUAUAGAUGCUAGACGCUCUACAGCGGAACGCAAUCGGAGGGGGGGAUGUCUGGUAUUGGGGGUGGAAGUUACGUCUGAAAAUGAACUAAGGUCUCCAGAUGAGUAUACAUGCACUUGAGAAGUCGGGAUAUUCGAGGUUAUUGCGAAGC